CAUCACGUGCUCCGUGGUCAGCUGACUCUACUUCCGGGUCUUUGCUCGGUGUUUGUUGUGUUGCUGCGGAACUCCGAGCCAUGAACGUGUCAGACAGCGAGGAGGAUUCGUACAACGAAAGGACGGCGCUGGUUGUGUCCGAAAGCCCCCCCCUCCCCUCCUACAGACCGGAGCCUGACCCCCCCAAUGACUCCCCCACCAAGAGGCCGGGGCUCAGCAGGAGGUCCGGUCCUCCUCAGGGGGUCUCGGAGGAGCUGGAGGACGAGGAGGAGCUGACCCUCAAGUACGGAGCGAAGCAUGUGAUCAUGCUCUUCGUCCCGGUGACGCUCUGCAUGGUCGUCGUCGUCACCACCAUCAAGUCGGUCAGCUUCUACUCGGAGAAGACGAACCAGCAGCUGAUCUACACCCCGUUCUCGGAGAACACGUCCUCUGUGGGCCGGCGGCUGCUGAACUCGGUGCUGAACACCAUCAUCAUGAUCAGCGUCAUCGUGGUGAUGACCGUCUUCCUGGUGCUGCUCUACAAGUACCGCUGCUACAAGUUUAUCCACGGCUGGCUCAUCCUGUCCUCCCUCAUGAUGCUCUUCUGGUUCAGCUUCAUGUACCUGAGCGAGGUGUUUAAGACCUACAACCUGGCGGUGGACUACCCCACGGUGGGGCUCCUGAUCUGGAACUUCGCGGGGGUGGGGAUGAUCUGCAUCCACUGGAAGGGGCCCCUGCAGCUGCAGCAGCUCUACCUGAUCCUCAUCAGCGCCCUCAUGGCCCUGGUCUUCAUCAAGUACCUGCCGGAGUGGUCGGCCUGGGUCAUCCUGGGGGCCAUCUCCAUCUACGACCUAGUGGCGGUGCUCUCUCCUAAAGGUCCUCUCAGGAUGCUGGUGGAGACGGCGCAGGAACGCAACGAGCCCAUCUUCCCCGCACUCAUCUACUCCUCCGCCAUGAUGUGGACGGUGGGGAUGGCGAGCCCGGGCGACGCUCAGGAAACAGACGAGGAGGCGGAGCACAGCGGUGGGGGGGCGGAGCCUGAGGAGCGUCGACCGAGGUCAAAUACAGACGACGAGCUGGAGGAGGACCGGGGGGUGAAGCUGGGUCUGGGGGACUUCAUCUUCUACAGUGUGUUGGUGGGGAAAGCGGCAGUGACGGGUGGGGACUGGAACACCACCAUCGCCUGCUUCGUCGCCAUCCUGAUCGGUCUGUGUCUGACGCUGCUGCUGCUGGCCAUCUUUAAGAAGGCUCUCCCGGCUCUCCCCAUCUCCAUCACCUUCGGCCUCGUCUUCUACUUCUCCACCGACUUCCUGGUGCAGCCCUUCAUGGACAACCUGGCAGCCAACCAGUUCUACAUCUGAGGAGGUCCCGCCCACAUCUGACAGGAGCUCCCGCCCACAUCUGAGAAGAGGUACUGCCCACAUCUGCCAGGAGGUCCCGCCCACAUCUGCCAGGAGGUCCCGCCCACAUCUGCCAGGAGGUCCCGCCCACAUCUGACAGGAGGUCCCGCCCACAUCUGACAGGAGGUCCCGCCCACCUCGUCAGUAGCGCGGCAGCUCGUUGUGUUUCUGCAGAAACGUCUCUAAUCGUCUCUGUUUUUUAUCAAGUGAAUAUCCUGGACUCUUGAGACACUGGGAAGGACCUUCCAAAUAUUUCCUGACAUUUGAGAGAAAUAAAAACAUUAAUAUAGAGAAUAAUUUGCAGAUAAUUUCAAAAUAAAACACAUUUUCUGACAUUAAAACCUUUUCUAACACUAAAGCUGAACAUGUGCUUUUGUUCAUAAUUGAGUUUAGUAUUAAAAUAAUUCUCCAGACAUUUUAAACUCUAAGAUAAACUACAUCUGCAAAUAAAAUAGGAUUUGUUUUUAAUUAUCCUCUCAGAUAAAGAAAUAUGAAUAAUUAAAACUCAUUUUAUUUCCAGUUUUAUUAUUAAAGGAAUAGUCAGAAAAUAUCCCAAAUUGAAUUUUACUCCAACAAUUAAACCUUAUAUUUACAUUUCAAACUAAGACUGUUUUUUAUGACACUUCAGAUGUAGGCGAUUUAAACUAGCAUAUAGUUGAUGAGGUUUAAUUUAAAGGUCCCCUACUAAUCAAAUCCUCUGAGUCUCCUCCUACAGCACCAUUGUGUUAUUUUAAACCAAUCAGCUCUCAAGGGGGCGUGGCCAGCAGCAGCUCAUUAGCAUUUAAAGCUACAGACUCAGACUCAAAGCUUCAGGAGCAGGGCUGAAACAGAGGGGGUUGUGGGACAUUGAUCUGUAUGGUGUUUCAGCCAAUCAGAGACCGGCUCUGUACCUGAGAGCUGGAGUGUACAGGAUGAUGGGGACCUUUAAAUGUUAGACGUAUAUAAACAUUUUAAACAGAAAUCCUGUUCACGUCUAGAUGAAAUCCUUUUGUUUUUAACUUGUUUAGUGAACGCUGCGAGACAUUUAUAUAUAUUGUGUUUCAUUAAAACAGUUUUACUAACCUUAAAUUGUGGUCACAACAACCAAAUGUCAGAUUAAAUAACUCUUUAUAUUCAAAUAUUUACUAUUUAAACCACUGCUUUUGUCCAAAGGUAGGAUUUAAAUAUUUGAAUCAGGACUGUCAAACGAUUAAAAAUGUGAAUCUAAUUAAUCACAAUCCUAAAUAUGACUGAAAAAUACUAAGUACUGUUCUCAGAACAGAAGCGGAGAUUACAUGUGUUCUUUAUUAAUGACGAAUCAAAACAAGGUUUUCAUUCUAAUUUUGGCAACUUAGCCAUUGCUCUUUUUCUGUAGCAAAUACAGGAGAGGUGAAUGGAACGUUUUCCUGUUUGAACCAACACUUUCACACAUUACAUGUGGCCCUUCUACCUUGUGUGUAUUCAUCUUUUAGCCAGGUGCUAAGGCAAACUAACUGGCUAACAUUUUCUGAACGUCAGGCGGACCGUUUCUUCUGAACAAUACGGCCUGCGACUGAGAAGAGUCGUUCGCACGGAACCGUGGAUGCAGGAGUCACUAGAUAUUUGCGGGCAAGCAGGGCCAGCUUGCCAUGUGCUCCUGAAUGAGCAGCCCACCGCUGCAUGGGGCAGUCCUCCAUACUCAUGACGCUCUUCUGUUUUCAUUACGGUUAAAGCAAACGACUUCAGUUCCCAGGUUUUAGUGAUGUGCCGCGCUGUCACACCCAGAUAACUGUUGUUACUCACGGAGUGGUCUCCUGUCAAAGCAACAUACUCCGCUGAAGCCAAAUCCUCUUCCUUCGUUUUCUUUUUAGCGUCAUAUAGUUCGUUGAUUUCAGUCCUCACUGUGCCUCUCGACGGUGGCUUGUAGAAUGCGUCUAAAGUGGCCACUUUCAAAACUUCUGCGAGGACCGUGUCCUCCACAAUACUAAUCGGUCUACAGUCCUUAUCCAUCUGGCAUUUGUGUCUGUCAGCUUCUCAGACGUAGACUUACUGAAUACCCUGCGUUCGGUGAGGGUGGUCUGACGCAUGCCAGGCGUAACACCUGAAGUUGAAGCCCCAACAAAUGAGUGCUUGGCGUUAAGAUGAUACUUAAGGCUCGAGCUGCUUCGGUGAAACGAAAAGCCCUUCCUGCAGUGUGAGCAAACCACAACAUGUUGGUUUACUGUUCCAUCCAGAGGGCCAACGGGUUCCUCGGACUCCUCCAUCUUGCUCGUGUCAGCCAUGCCGUUUACGUGACGAGGAAUGACGCGGCGGGGGUUUAAUUGUGGGCAAGUCAGGGCGGGAGUGCGUUAAAAAAAUGAUCGCCGUUAAUUCCAGAAAUCAAUCAUCUCGCGUUGACGCGUUAAUUUUGACAGCCCUAAUUUUAAUGUUUAAUCAUAAACUCUGAAAUGAUUACUUUGUAGUGACUCUAAUAUACAUAAUUCACCUCCUUCUUAAGUGUGGCUCUACACACUGUUGUUUCAUGCCUGUAAGUAUGACCGUAACUUCAGUUCUAAAUAUUCAGCUUUUCACAAUAAAGCUCUGAUGGAACUUGUUGGCACCAUAACAAAGACAUUAUAAUUUGUAUUUUUCAAAUACUCUGACUUUCUGUAAAGUAAGAAAAUUAAAUGUUUCAAAAAAAAGUGCUUUUGUAAAAAGACCUUAUGGCUUUAAAGUGUAACGGGUUUUUUUACAUUAUUUUUUCUUAAUACCUAGAAUUUAAUCUCAAAUUGAUCUCGAAACAGCUAAUUUUCUUGUCCCUGCUCUAAGAACCAAGUUAAUGAGCUUUAUAUUUUUAUAGCAUUAGCAUUAUAAGCAUCAUUAUGACUGCCCGCUGUCUGACGGGUGUGUGGGGGGGGGGUGUAUUUUGUACAGAUGAUUCAGGUGUAGAUGAUGAAUUUGUAAAGAGUUUUUGUUUCGUUUAAUAAAGUCAAACUGUUUUAGCCUC